UGGAGGGCUAGUGUCGCGUUUUGUUGUCACAUGUGCGAGAAUGAUUCGCCGGUGAAAAUGGAGAGGUAAUUUAUCGAAGUUUGUGUGCUUUUAAGAAGUUAAGCAGAAUGUUGUUCCAUAUAGUAUAAUGAGACGCCACAUCUCUCAAAACAUCAAAAUCAACCACUUGAAACUCAAGCUAUUGUGCACCCUUACAACUGUGAUUAUUGAUUGUGACGUCACAAUGAGUGAAGUAUAUCAAGCAAAAUACUCAUUUCGAGGGUUAGAAGAAUGUAGUGUUUAUGAACUUCAAUCAACAGAAUCAACCUCAAAUUCACCUAGUCCAACGAGAAGUGUAAACGAUAAUAAUAACAAAAUUAUAACUGAUCAGUGGGUGAAACUCAAUAAGUGCUUUGCCAAGAUGGCAUCGGACGCAAUUUUAAGAUCACCUAUUUUAAGUGUCAAACUUGAAAAAUGUAACUCAGAGCCGAAUGUUUCAAAGGAAUCGGUUAGUGAAGAUGCAGAGAGUGAGUCAAAUAAAUGUUCAAGCUCGUCUUGCCAGAGUUCGCAGUCAGAACAUUCACUGGCGGCAAUUUCAACUCCGUGCAUAAGGCAGUUACAAAUGAAAUUGUUUCUUGCAUUUGACGAAGGAGACACUUUUGAGGUCCUGAGCAAGGAAGAGCACGUGUCCUGGUGGGCUGUUCGGGCAUUGAAGACUGAUUCUGUGGGAUUCGUACCAGCCAACUUCUUGAGCCACCUUCCAGAAGAUGUGACGUCGGACACAGCUCCUCAGGACAAGAAGGAAGCAAACUUACGAGUUGUCGGAGAGCUGCGCAGACGGAUUGCUGACAUUGCAGGGCAAGGUAAGAAAGAAAUCAGCGUUGGGGGCCUGGCCUCUGGUUGCAGAGCUGUUUCUGCGAAGCAGGUUGGCUGUACUGUACAG